AUGGUGAAGAAGAAGAAAUUGGCUCGGAAGCCUGUGACUCGAUCGAUUGCUCAGCGCUUGCCUUCAAUCCAAGAUGAGAAUGAUCAGGAUGGACUCGUUCUUGAAGAUGUGUACAUGAAUGGUGAAGAACUGACUCAGGGUGUGACCCUAAAUGAUGUAGAGAUGGGAGUGACGGACGGUGGAGAAACCCAAAAUGAUGCGCAAAAGGCUUUUGAAAUGGCUACCCCAUCUAGCUGGGCGGACAAAGUGGAGGCAGGAGACUUUCAGAAACUUGAAUAUGCUGAACCAUUGAUUAAAGAUGGUAAGAGGAUUGCUCGGGUUGAUAUUGAUGAAGUGAAGAUCCAAUCGACUAAUUGGAGUUCUGCUGUCAUUUGUAUGGUUCUUGGUGCUAAUCCUCCAAUGGCUGUGUUUGAAGGGUUUAUCAAAAGGGUUUGGGGUCAUCUACGGAUUGCCCAAAUAGCCAGGAUGACAAUGGGACUGAUUAUGGUCAAGUUUAAUGAUGAUGCUACUCGAGACCAUGUGUUGGAAAAUGGUAUCCUUCAUUUCGAUAGAAAACCAAUGAUAAUUCGCCCAUGGACAACUGAUUUAAGUGCAUUUCGCAUGAUCUGCUCAGUGCCUCUUUGGAUUAGAUUACAUGAUUUAGGUCUUCAGUAUUGGGGAAGCAAAUGCCUUAGUGCCUUUGUUAGUACGAUAGGCAAGCCGAUAAUGGUAGACAAAUUUACUCGAGAGAGAUCUAGAGUUCAAUUUGCUAGGAUCCUGGUGGAGGUGGAAAUCACAGAUAAUCCUCCUCGGAUUAUGCAUUAUCUGAAUGAACAAGGUCAGCUAACGGAACAAGGGGUGGACUAUGAAUGGUUGCCUGUUAAAUGUAAAACAUGCUCAGGUUAUGGUCAUUCUAUGGCUGACUGCCGCAAGGAGAUGAAAACUCAGUGGGUUAAGAAGGACAAUUUUCCUAGAACUUCUCCUGAGGAUGGGCGGGACAAGGAUGAACAAUCUUUGGGUGCUAUACCUGAUGUGCCUAAGGAUUUGGCUGAAGUUCCUAAUGUUGUUGAGGGCCUAAAUGCUAGAGAUAAGUGGCAAUCUCCUAAGAAAAUGGUUCCUUUGUAUAAACAAGGGCCAACAAAGAGUAAAAAUAAGAGAGCAAGUAAAUCUGUGGAAACAAGACAGAAUCUGACAAAUCAUUUUGAGGUGCUCCAAGAGCAGUUAGAGGGGGAGAAAGGAGGAAUAGGUAAUGUUAGCUCUUCUUAUGGAUAA